UAAAACCCUGCUUUUACCCAUGCUCCGAGGCAUGCUCUAAAGUUCAUUUGACUUCUAAUAAUGGAUGUGCAAAUAUGUUGAGUGAUCACUUCCACAGUGGCCCUGUUCCUUUAAGAGACCAUGGUUGUUAAGUUAGGAGAUCAUUGAACCAUGUGAGGGUCAAUAAAAGAAUAAAAAGUCACUGGUUAGCGAUCCGAGGACAAGGAACUUGAUCCCAGUUCAGUAUCUGUGGGUCCGUAUGCUGCCCACAGUCAAAGAGGGAGUCCCAGGUCCUUGGCAGCUUGCCUUUCCUCAGGAUGGCUUCUGGAAGGCUCAUUAAGUUCAUGGUUUUUGAGCUCCUAGAGUUUGCCGCUUUCUCCAUCCCCACACUCGUGAUCAUGGAACAGUUUGCCACCGCCUACCAGGGAGCAACGGCUAGAUCUGACAACACACCCUACUGGCUGAUCGUCUCCUGUUCUGUUGCCUAUGUUGCGUUAGUGACUCUACUGAUCUGGGUUCCUGUAAAAGUUCUCCUGCACAAGAAACGUUAUAUUUACAGAAAAAUUAAAGGAUGGAGGCCUGUUCUGAUGAUGUGUGUGGUCCUCACCACACUGCCCUGCCUCACCUUUUCCAUAGCAGUGACUGAGGUUCAAAAGAGCAUUAAUGGGUCCGCUGAUGUCUUACCUGAUAUGUUACCUGACCUACCCGUGUCUCUGGUUCUGUUAUCCCUGAUCGUGGUUGAUAUUAUUGAAAAACUCAGGAUAUAUCCUCUUAGAGGGAGUCAAAAGAGUAGCCAAAAUGGGCACACCCAUUCAAGCUCUUUGCAACACAUAAAAACGGUGACGGAGCAAGUGAGGCAAAGUCAAGAAAACGCUGCAUCUCCCCAGGCAACCAACAGCACCCAGUUGUCUCUGCCAUCAGGAGCCAUGACAUGGAGCCAGUUGUCUGUGUUCACGGGACCCCAGGAGCCCUCCUGUGACUCUGGAAUCCUGAAAAUGAUGUCCCGGCGAGAUGUCCGGGCAGAAUUAUUCUUAUGGAGCUUUCUCCUGUGGUCUGACACGAUAGAAAUGGUGCGUGUGGCUGGUCACCCCAAAGUGUACAAGUCAAGCUGGCUAUACCCAGUCUACAUAUUCAGUUUUAUUUCUCUCCUUCGAAUUACAUUCACUCCCCAAAACCCUCUUCUCAAUUGCCUGAGCAUCCUGCUGCAAGAUUUACCAUUUGUUUUUGUUAGACUUGGUUUAAUCAUUGCCCUGGGGACUAUCACACCCGUGCUGGGCCUGUGUAAAAAUAUCCUCGUGACUCUCUCUUACAUUUACUUCAAUUACCUAACCAGACUCAGGUUUUUUUCUGCCUUUGAAAUGUCUCCAUUUUAAAAAGAAAAUGGGAUCUGUAAGGCCUCUUUGUGAUACCUGUGUGUACAUUUGUAAUCCUUUUUUUCUUGGAGUGUAGGUUUUUGCACUAUAAAGGAAAUGACUAGAUUGUAGAGAAUAAGCCAUUUUUACUAACUCUAGCAUAUCUCUCUCUUUUUUUUUUUUUUUACAUAUACAAAAGGUGCUAAAUUUAAGUAAAGUAAUAUUCUUGUAAGUUGACUUUCAGGUAUUUCUAGAAAGGGUUAGCAGUUAAUUUUAGUUAGUUAGGUAUACUGAGGUCCCCAACCCCUGGAACAUGGUCCCAGUACCGGUCCCUGGUCUGUUAGGAAGCAGCCUGCACAGCAUGUGGUGAGCCUCGAACUGAACGUUCCCACCUGAGCUCCACCUCCUGUCAGAUCAGCAGUGGCAUUAGAUCCUCAUACGAGCCCAAACCCUGUUGU